UUGGCAAAGGUUUAUGCUAAGCAAUAUUGUUUUUUGAAAAAAAUAAUUACUUAUGGAUGUUCAAGUUUGAAUUUUGCAGGAAGUUCUAGGUUACUUGAAGUAGUUCAAAUUCAAGACUAGCACAUACUUGCAUGUUCAUUAAUAAAAAAAAAGUUGGCAAAGAUUUUCAAUCAUCCUAACAAAGAGGCGAUAGUUGAGUUUUGGGUCUAUCAAAAAAGGAGUUCGAGUUGAUCACUUCGGGGCAAAGUUUCAAUCAGAAGCAUGCUCAUGUGGAUGAGUUAGAUGUUGUCGUACUUUCGAAAUUUCAAAAAUCAUUGGAAAAUCGACAUAGUUGAAGAACGUGAGGUUCAGAAGAAUUACUGGAUGGAGCAUUCUGCUGAUUUGACUGUGGAGGCUAUGAUGCUUGACUCUAAAGCUUCUGAUCUUGACAAAGAAGAACGUCCCGAGGUGCUCUCACUCCUUCCAUCAUAUGAAGGAAAAUCAGUUCUGGAAUUCGGAGCUGGUAUUGGUCGUUUUACUGGAGAAUUAGCACAGAAGGCUGGACAGGUUAUUGCUGUGGACUUCAUUGAGAGUGUCAUAAAGAAGAAUGAAAAUAUCAAUGGACACCACAAGAAUGUUAAGUUUUUAUGUGCGGAUGUGACGUCUGACGACUUGAAAUUUUCAGACGAAUCAGUUGAUAUGAUAUUUUCUAAUUGGCUUCUUAUGUAUCUCUCGGAUAAAGAGGUAGAGAAUCUGGCCGAAAAAAUGGUCAAAUGGUUAAAGGUUGGCGGGUACAUUUUCUUCAGAGAGUCUUGUUUCCAUCAAUCUGGAGAUAGCAAGCGAAAGCAGAACCCAACUCACUACCGCGAGCCCAGAUUUUACACAAAGGUCUUUAAAGAGUGUCAUACACGUGAUGCUUCUGGAAAUUGCUUUGAACUUUCACUUAUUCGCUGCAAAUGCAUUGGAGCUUAUGUGAGAAACAAAAAAAAUCAAAAUCAGAUUUGUUGGGUUUGGCAGAAAGUCAGCUCACAAGACGAUAAGGGGUUUCAGCGUUUCUUGGAUACUGUUCAGUACAAGUCCAAUGGCAUCCGGCGCUAUGAGCGUGUCUUUGGACCAGGUUUUGUGAGCACCGGAGGAAUUGAAACAACUAAAGAAUUUGUGGCAAAGCUUGAUCUUAAGCCUGGCCAGAAAGUUCUAGAUGUUGGCUGUGGUAUUGGGGGAGGUGACUUUUACAUGGCUGAGAACUUUGAUGUUGAAGUUACUGGAAUUGACCUCUCCGUCAACAUGAUUUCUUUUGCUCUUGAACAUGCCAUUGGACUCAAAUGCGCAGUUGAGUUUGAAGUUGCUGAUUGCACCACAAAGACAUAUCCUGAUAACACAUUUGAUGUUAUCUACAGCCGUGACACCAUUCUUCACAUUCAGGAUAAACCUGCAUUGUUUAGAUCAUUUUACAAGUGGUUGAAGCCCGGAGGCAAAGUUCUUAUUAGUGAUUACUGCAAGAGUGCUGGAACUCCAACAUCAGAAUUUGCAGAGUAUAUUAAGCAGAGAGGAUAUGAUCUUCAUGAUGUAAAUGCGUAUGGCCAGAUGCUUAAGGAUGCCGGCUUUGAUGAUGUCAUUGCGGAGGACAGAACUGACCAGUUCAUGCAAGUUCUUCAGCGUGAAUUAAGUCAUAUUGAGCAGGAGAAGGAUGAAUUCGUCAAUGACUUCUCCGAGGAAGACUAUAAUGAUAUCGUGGAUGGAUGGAACGCAAAAUUGGUCAGGAGUUCAUCCGGUGAGCAGUGCUGGGGCCUGUUUAUCGCCAAGAAGAAAUGAUUAAGAUUUCAAGGCUUGAAUAAUGAAUAAAUGAAUUGCCUUCGGUGAUAUUGUUGUAAUAGUAGCCGACAAUGUUUAAAGUCUGAACUACAUUAUUUGAUGAUUAUGUUGGAACAAAAUUAUUAAUAAAAUUCUUCUUGGUUCAGAA